CGAAUUCUAGGCUUGGAGCUAUAUUCUUUGUUGUUCUUAAAGUAUUGUUAUUAUGCCAUUUUGCUUCGGCUCAGUGGAUAAAAACAUUAACAUAUGAUGCUUUUCCUGAGUAUAAAAUUAAUUUGAAAACCCCUCAUAUUUGUGACAAAACUGUUAAGCAGUAUUCAGGAUAUUAUACUGUUAAUAAUACCAAGCAUUUAUUCUUUUGGUUUUUCGAGUCAAGAAAUAAUCCUCAUAAAGAUCCAAUCGUUCUUUGGUUUGAACUUGGUCCUUGUUCUGUUACCAAAGGAGGUCGUAAUACAACUUUUAGAGAUUCCUCAUGGAAUAAUAAUACUAAUCUUUUGUUUUUGGAACAACCAGCUAAAGUAGGGUAUUCUUAUAGUGAUGGUGGUGAUGAUGUAUCUACUUCUAUAGAAGGCGCGCUCAAUGUAUACGCAUUUUUACAACUCUUUUUCAAAGAGUUUCCUAAAUAUGCUAAAUUGGAUUUUCAUAUUGCUGGUGAAUCGUAUGCAGGACAUUAUAUACCUGCCAUAGCCUCGGACAUAGACAAAUUUAACAAGGACAAUAAUACGACAAAGAAUCUUACUCAUGUUAAUCUUGAAUCCAUCUUGAUUGGAAAUGGCCUAAUGAGGCAAGGUUAUGGACAAUGUGCUAGUUUGACUCAAAAAUGUUAUGAUACAAGCAAUGUAGACGAUUGCAUAGCUGCUCAAAGUGAUUGUAUUGCUACAAUGCGGAAUCCUUUUGUCAUCUCCGGUAGAAAUGUUUAUGAUGUAAGGAAGUUUUGCGAGGGUAGCGCUACUUCAUGUUAUCCAGAAUUACAAGAUAUCAAGACCUAUUCUAAUCGUGAAGAUGUUAAGAGUGAAUUGGGUAUUGAUUCAUCGGUGACCUAUCAACUUUGUAGUGGAGAAGUUUACGAAGAUUUUCUUUCUUCUGGUGAUUUGUAA